AUGAUGAACAGCAUGAAUGGUCAAUCUGGUCCAAUACUAGUACUCAUUCAUUUAUAUCCGUUUCAUUCGGAUAUUCCGAUGAUGAACAACGAAAAUCCAACUUUAAACGAUACUGAACCACAGUCUUACGAGAUCGACAAAUUAUAUUCCAAAUUAUUGACCAAGAUGCGAUCAGCUAAACGGACCAAAGGAUUAGGAAUGAAUUUUGAACAUUUGUUGACCUUGUCCUCCAAUCAAAUUGUCACUUCCAACACUGUUGACAAUGAUAAUUUCAAGACACCCUUUGAUAUUGAAAUUUCCUAUCAUCAUCAAUGCGUUUUAAUAUCUGAUCCCUUCAGUUCGUUAUAUGGAAGAAUUCAACUAUUCGAUCUAUUUUCACGUGAAUGGAUCGCUUCAGUGUAUACUACUCUUGCAUUGCCGACAUUUAUUAGAAUUGAAGAAAAUUAUGAUGGAAAUUAUAAUGAUGCUCUUGUGAUGUAUCAUGCUCAAAGCCAUUCCAGAUCAUCCUUGCCAAAUGUCAUGGCUAAAUAUGAUUUUAGAGAGAUUCGAAAAUAUUCAACUUUUAACGAAUCAGAACGAGCAGGGCCGUUAUGGCAACGCGAAAUUUCUGGUUUUGUGAAAGGAAUGGCACUUUGGAAACAACAAGUAUUUAUUUCUCAAAGUGACAAGCAUUGCAUUUCCAUAUUGGACUCGAAUAAUGGACAACUCAUUCAAAUCAUAAAAGUCUAUCGACCCUGCAGCUUGGAAAUUGGUCAUGACUUUGGAGAAUUAUUCAUUAGUAAUGGAGAUCAUGCGAUUGAAAUAUUUCGACAAAAUGAAAAGAAUACCAAGUAUUGGAAUUGUGUGAAAACCUUUGGAAGAAAAGGACUCUGCAAUGGAGAGUUUAUAGAACCUGGUACCAUUGUGUAUGACAGAAUUUCAAAAUAUCUAAUUGUGAGUGAUGUGGCAAAUACACGAUUUCAAGUAUUCACACGAGAUGGCACUUUUGUGAAGGGUUUCCAACAAGUCACAAAUUCGAAAUUGACCUUUCCUAAUUAUGGGCGGGAUGACAAGACGAAAUGUUCAAAUCCAAGAGGAAUGUGCUUGAAUGAAAUCAGUGGUGAAUUAAUUGUGUGUAGUUCUGAGGCUUCACAAGUGCUAUUUUUCAAGUAA